CUGUGAAAUGCAGAUGAUUAAUUUGUUUGUUUGCAAAAAUCGAAAAUGAAUGCAGUUUUUGUUGCGUGAAUUUCAAUCUUGUGUAUUAAAUCGGGUCAUUAGCUUUUUCAUAUCUAUAAGUGAGCUGAACUUUAUCAACAAAUAAACUACAAAGUCAACUGGCGUAGAAUUUGGUGAAGGUGCAAAAAUGGGAGCCGUUUUAGGUCUUUGUUCUGCUGCUCAGAUGGCAUGUUGCUGUACCAGCGCAGCAUGUUCAUUAUGUUGUUCAGCUUGUCCAUCAUGCACCAACUCCACGUCUUCACGACUCAUGUACACCGUCAUGUUACUACUAAUGAUGAUUGUAGCCUGCGUUACUCUUGCACCAGGAUUACAUGACCAGUUAAAAAAGGUACCAUUUUGUGAAAACUCAACAGGAAUUAUUCCGGGCAACUUUAAAGUAGAUUGUGACCAAGCUGUUGGCUAUUUAGCAGUAUACAGAAUUUGUUUUGCAACAUGUCUCUUCUUUGUACUAAUGGCGCUCAUUAUGAUUGGUGUAAAAUCAUCCAAAGAUCCAAGAGCUGGAAUACAGAAUGGAUUUUGGGGUAUUAAAUAUUUGUUGGUAAUUGGUGGUGUUAUUGGAGCAUUCUUUAUUCCGGAAGGGCAGUUUGCCUCUACUUGGAUGGUAUUUGGCAUGAUCGGAGGCUUCUUUUUUAUCAUCAUACAGCUCAUUCUGAUUAUUGACUUUGCACACUCUUGGGCUGAAAGAUGGGUCUCAAAUUAUGAGGAGUCACAGUCACGGACCUGGUACGUAGCUCUGCUGCUGUCCAUGCUGACAUGCUUCACACUUGCAUUGACUGGAAUUGUGUUGCUCUAUGUAUAUUACACAAAGCCGAGCGGUUGUGAUCUAUCAAAGUUCUUCAUAUCAUUCAACUUGAUACUUGUGGUGAUAGCAAGUGCGAUAUCAAUCCUGCCAUCAGUGCAGGAGUAUCAGCCGCACUCCGGUCUCCUGCAGUCCUCCGUAGUCUCCCUCUACGUCAUGUACCUCACCUGGUCCGCACUCUCCAACUCUCCAGCUGAAUGUAAUGCCUCUGUUUCUGAGAAUAAUCAGAAUUCGUUUGACAAUCAAUCGAUCAUCGGGCUGGUGAUCUGGGUGUGCAGCGUGCUGUACUCCAGCAUCCGCACCGCCUCCAACUCCUCCAAGAUCACAAUGUCGGAGCACAUCCUGGCCAAGGACGGCAACGCAGGGCAUGGAGGGCUCAUUGCUAACGAAGAGGGUGACGGCGGGGAGGCGGCGCGCGGCGCGGGGGACGCGGACGCCAAGGUGGUGGACAACGAGGGUGACGGCGUCGCCUACUCCUGGACCUUCUUCCACAUCGUGUUCGCGCUCGCCACACUCUACGUCAUGAUGACCCUCACCAACUGGUUCAAUCCUAGCUCUCAGCUGUCCAAGGAGAAUGUCGCGUCCAUGUGGAUCAAGAUCACCUCCUCGUGGCUCUGCAUCGGGCUGUACGUGUGGACGCUCGUCGCGCCCGCCGUCUUCCCCGACAGGGACUUCAACUAAACAUGUUUAAAUUAUAAAUGUUAUUUCUAAUAUUAAGAUUAUUUGUGUCAUGUUAACGCAUUCUUGGCAAUUAAAAUUGCUAUAUUUCUAGAUCUCAAUAUUAAUUAACAAAUAUUAUUCUUCAUUACUUACUCUUAUCCGCUUUCAACUUUUCGUAAAGUCUUAGAUUUUUCUUGCACUGUUUAAUGUCUAUUAGAGCUAUAAAAGAAUGCUGUCAAUUUAGAAUCUAUUUUUAAAACUCAAAUAUAUUAUCUAACACAACUCUGAAA